AUGGUGCCAAACCAAGUCACCAUCUUCUCCAUCAUCAUGUAUGUACUUGAGUCGUUGAUAAUAAUUAUACAAAGUGGCAUAACUGUUGCAGUGCUGUGCAGAGAGUGGAUGAACUUUCAAAGACUGUCACCAGUGGAAAUGAUCCUCAUUAGCCUUGGCAUUUCACAUUUCUGUCUACAAUGGGCAUCAGUGCUGUACAACUUUGGUACCUUUUCUAGACCUGUCUAUCUAUUUUGGAAGAUAUCAGUCAUCUGGGAGUUUAUGAACAUUUUGACGUUCUGGCUAACCAGUUUGCUUGCUGUCUUCUACUGUGUCAAGGUCUCUUCCUUCACCCACUCCAUCUUCCUCUGGCUGAGGUGGAAAAUUUUGAAAUUGGUUCCCUGGUUGAUACUGGGCACUCUGAUAGCUUCUUGUCUAUCAAUCAUCCCUUCUGUUAUUAAAUAUCAUAUCCAGAUGGAAUUAAUCGCCCUGGAUCAUGUACCUAGAAACAGCUCUUCCAUUGUAAGACUUCAAAUGUUUGAACAGCAUCUUUCUAAUCCUCUUAAAAUGAUUGGUUUUGGUGUUCCCUUCCUCGUGUUCCUUGUUUCUAUUAUUGUGCUCAUAGUCUCACUGUUCCGGCACUGGGGGCAGAUGAAAGAGUAUAACACCAACAACUCCUGCAGCAUGAAAGCUCAGUCUACUGUUCUGAGGUCUCUUGUUACCUUCUUCAUCUUCUUCACAUCCUAUUUUCUGACUGUAGUUGUCUCCUUUAUCGGCACCAUAUUUGAUAAGAAAUCAUGGUUCUGGGUUUCUGAAGCUAUCAUCUAUGGUUUAGUCUGUAUUCAUUAUACUUCACUGAUGAUGAGCAACCCUACAUUGAAAAAAGUCCUGAAGAUGCCAGUCUGA